AUGGGUUUUUUUAUAUAUCAGGCAGCAGAUCUUAAAAGCAGAAGGAAAAAGCUUGGGGAGGAAAAGGAGGACCUGGACAGACAGAUUGAGGAGACUGUUCAGAGAGAGCGCUUGCAAUCUACUCUGCAGGAGGAAAGAGAACGUCUCCAGGCUUCACAUGCUGUCCAGCUGGAGAGACUCCGUCUGCAGCUGGACGCGCAGAUAGAAAAGACACAGCUGAUACAUUCACGUAAGGAGUCCGAACUGCAGGAUUUGGCAGAUAAUUUGGAGCUUAGAACCAAUGAACUGAAGAGCCAGGAGGUCAUGCUUCAGAUCAAGGCAGCAGAUCUUAAAAGCAGAAGGAAAAAGCUUGGGGAGGAAAAGGAGGACCUGGACAGACAGAUUGAGGCCUUACCCAGGCUCAUGCAGGAGAGAGACCAGCUAAAGAUGGAGCUGGAGAGGAUGAGAGCGGAGAAACAUCAAGCCCGAGAACUCAUCCAGAAAGCCAGGGAGGAAAAGAACGAGGCUAAAGAGGUGGAGGAGAGGCUGAGAGAGGAGAGAGAUAAAGCCAGGGAAGAGAGCAAGAGAGCCAAGGAGGAAAAGGAGCAACUGGAGAGCAAGGUGGCGCUGCUGCAGGAGAGAUGUGACCGUCUCAGCCACAGAGUCAGUGAGCUGGAACAAGGUGAAGGAGCGAGCACCUCCCCGAGACCAGAAAGUAAACAGGACAAACAGAAGGCAGAGAAAGCAGAGGAGACAGUGCCCUUCAGUGACAGGAGGGACUCAUCGCUUCAUGUUGAAGACCUGGACGAUCCGCCACUCUCCCCCGUUCUGGACAGCCACAGCAGCAUGGAUGAGUUUCGACGCUACAUCUCCUCACAUGGCGCCACCAACCAGAGGACCAAGCUCUUCUUGGAGAUGGAGAGCACCCGGCUGAUGGAGAGACAGGCAGCUCUACAGGCGGCCCAAAGCAGCUCCUCCCAGGACCCCAACCAGGAAGGAGGGGUGACUGAAGAGAUGAUAAGAAGCCUCCAGCAGGAGGCCAGAAAUGUGGCGGAGCUGCAGCAGACCGUUCAGAAAGGAAACUCUCUUCUGAGAAGGAAAGAGGAGCAACUCCAGCAUCUGGAGAGAUCUCUAGCUGAAGAGUUUGAGGAUCUGUCUCGAGUAACAGGAGAAAGGAAGGUGACGUUCGAUGUGACCGAGUCUGACCUCAGCAGCACAAUGGAGCCACCGGAUAGGACAGGAGGUCCUCCCACCGUCCCGGCCAAAGUCCAGGAGUUAGCAGAGUCUCUGCAGCAGAUCUCAGUCCAGCUCAACACUGUGUUGAGUGCAUUGGGAUCACUAGCUCAGAGGCAGAAUGCCGCACCUUACACAGCCUUCCCUCUGCUUCUGUCUCAGCCUCACUCUAUUCCAGCUUCCUCCUUCUCCACCUCUGCCCCGGUCAUGCCCCAGAUGCACACCCUGGGCCCCAGCUCCUUAGCCCCACCUCCCCCAGUGAGGCUCUCAGAGCCAUCCUGGAGCUGGGCACCUCAAGGCCACUCUGCAGCCACCCCGCUCUACAGCGCUCCCAUCAGCAGUGGAUUAAGGGCCUCUGAGGACCUCAUCAACAGCCGAUGGAGCCAGAUUUUCCCUGGAGCAGCUAUGAACCCAGUCGCCUCUAGCACAAUGAGGACUUCCUCAGCUUACUCAUCAUACACUCCUGCUAGUGAACUUGGUCAUAGCCUGCGGUCCAUGCAGAAGUCAGCGCAGGUGGACAGUCAGAGGCUACAGGGGCUGAUUGACGGAAACAAGAGGUGGCUGGAGUUGCGCAAGAAGGACACCAGCAUACCUCUGUUCACUCGCUAUCAGCCCUCGUCCUCCAAGAGCAGCCUAAUCCAGCUGGGCCUGGACGAUAACAACCAGAUCAGAGUCUAUCACUACUGAGGACAUGAUGCACAGUUCAGCUCUGUUGUACACUGACUGCCACUGAGGACUUUGAGCAUUUUUAAUGACUGUGACAGGGCAGUGUUGUGAUGUUUACACACAGGGCAUUCCUUUUUAAAACCUUCAGUGCAAAGGUUUUCAGGGAAAACAGGGCCUCCUCUGCAGUGAUUGGAUGAAGAGCUGACUGCAGGUGAUUUGGCGUUUCAGGGAGCCACGUCACAGAAGGCUGAGGACUUUUAACCUCUAACAUUAGAUAUGGCUGUGAGACUUUAAAGCACCUCAGUGUGACAUUUACAGGUUACAGGUCCAUGCCAGGUGAUGGCCAGACUUUUUUAAUGGUUGAAUUUACUGAUGUCAAAUGGGAGUUGGUCUUUUCCUAAUCAGUGUAGGACAAUCACAGAGCCACAUCUUAUUUC